GGGGCCAUAUUGUUUAAUACAUGUAUCACAGGGUAAGGGUUAAUAUAUUCUUUUUGUAUGUGCUGAUCCCUGUUUAAAAUAAUAGUUUAAGCUGUAUUGACAUAUGGUUAAAAUAAGACGAAGAAUAGUAAUAUCACUGUGUACUAGAUUAUGUGUGCUGUCGAACAUGAUUCCGACAUAACUGCCCCAUUUCUUGAUGGCUUCUUAUCUAAUUUGGAGUUCAGAAUGAAAACGACCCAUGCACUCAAGGAUCGCCGUUUAAUUUUCUUUUGGCAUAGUGAGUCCAGCGUCUCUUCCUUUCCUUGCUUCCUCUUUGUCAUCGGUUAAAACACCAAUUUUUAUCUCUGCUGAUAUGACAAUUAAUUGUUCCAAAUUCUAAAGUCUGUUGUUUAAAAAAUGCGUGUUCCAUUGUAGGCUCCACUUUAAUUUGAGUGUGCUUGUAGUGCAAAAACGGUUUUUGCGCUUCUGCCUUGCGCUUCACCAUUUUAUCAAGAAUUAAGCCCUUAGUCUGCAGCUCUACCGGCCCACAGCGUCCCGGGCAACAGGGGCGGAGACACGCGUAAUCACUGGUAGCGGGAAAAAAGAAUUUCCGUUGUGCCUCGUGUGUCCGAAUUUUCACGAGGGGCGUGGAGAGCUUCAACCGUCGCGGUCAUCAAACGAGUCUUUAAACUGCGGGUGGUAGGCAGAGCAAGGACGAUGAGAACACAAGUGUGGCGUGUGUAGUCCUUUCGCUGACGUUGCGGUGUGUUCAAUUGAAGCAUCCCUUCUGGGGAUUAGCAAGAAUAUUUAUAAACUCGUUCAGAGUUUUUUGGUUACAAGAAUAGAUACAGUUUUGUGCAACCCCCCCCCCCCAAAAAUUAUUUUUUUUUUUUUGUUUUGUUCUUUUGUUAUUAAUAAAUAUAUUAUGAAAGCGACUCGAGCAAGUUCAGUCGAAUUCGCAGUUUUCCAUUUGGUGUCACCCCAUGUGAGGGUGUCAUGCAGCGUGGCCGGCACCCCUUGCAACGCCACUGGAGAAGCACAAGCACUAGUCGGAACAACAAUCACCAUUGUGAACAAUGGUUUUUUUUCAAUUUAUAAGUUAUAUUAGUAUUAACUCGGCAUCAGGUGGCAAGACAAAGUAACUGACACAGAGGUCCUCGCUAGAGCGAACCUACCUAGUAUCUUCACCAGUCUGAUGCAGUCUCAACUCCGUUGGAUGGGACACGUAGCCCGUAUGGAAGACCACCGGCUCCAGAAACAGAUAUUCUUCGGAGAGUUCACGACAGGCAAGCGCUCCCAUGGCGGUCAAAAAAUAAAAGCGUUAUAAAGACUCACUGAAAGUGCCACUAAAGGCCUUCAGCAUCAACCCUACUCAGUGGGUGCAGACAGCCCAGGACAGAGCCAGGUGGAGAGCUUCUGUGAAGAAGGGGGCUAAAUCCCACUAAGGUAAUAGGAUAACCACAGCUGAGACACGCAGGCAUGCACCGGCUGCAGCAACUAUCGCUUGCCCAUGAUGCCAGAGAUUAUUCCGAGCACGGAUCGGUCUAGCAAGCCACCUACGAGAUCACCAUAACCCACCCUCCCCCUAAGCGGAUGACUCGAUGGUCCUAGUCCAGGGGUCGGCAACCUGCGGCUCUUUUGAUGUCUAGAUGCGGCUCUCCAGUUCCAUGCGCAAAUAUUAAUAAUUAUAUUGAAAUAAAAAUGUUAGUGGCUCUUUAAAAACUGGGAAAUUUUAUAAAUUGUAACUUUUGGCUCUUUCGUCUCUAAAGGUUGCCGACCCCUGUCCUAGUCGACUUCAACGGACGAACAGCAACAACCGAUUAAUAUACAUUCAUUUAGGAAUUGAUUUUUUAAUACGCGCACCGAACAAACAUGACCAAUGGGCGUGGUUACCUUGAGCACGUGACGUGACGUUCAUGGGGCUCAGCUACUUUGAUUUUCAUGGUAGGGGUUCCAUGACAAAACGACAAAUGACAAAACGACAAGUGACAAAACGACAAAGGACAAAACGACAAGUGACAAAACGACAAGGUGACGAAACGACAAGGUGACAAAAUGACAAGAUGACAAAACGACAAGGGGACAAAACGACUAGGUGACAAAACGACAAGGUGACAAAACGACAAGGUUACAAAACGACAAUGUAACAAAACGACAAGUGACAAAACAACAAGUCUUCAACGCCAAUGCCUCCACUGUCUUUAAUGCCACAAGGGGACAAUUUGAUUGUUGGGGGGGAGGGGGCAACGAAAAUGAGUUAUUUAGAUUUUGAAAACCAACCCGCCAGUAUGAUUUAACUUGUAUUUUAAAAGGAAAAUCGUUAAAGUCUCAAUUCAAAAUAAGCGUUCGAAGUGUGGUAAAAAUCUGUUGAUUUCAAAGGUAGUCAAUAGUUGACAAAUAAAUGGCUGCUUAAAAUGUAUACAAAAUGAGAAUCCAGAAAUGCUACUUGUACAUUGUGUUAUUCAUAGGGAAAACUUGGUAGCUAAAAACAUUUCGUCUUCUAUAAAUGAAGUACUAAGUCUAGUACUAAAGUCUAUCAAUGCUAUUAAAGCUAAUGCCAAAUGUAAACGUCUCUUUAAGCAAUUUUUUUGAAAGACAAAAUGCGGACUGUGUGAGACUUUUACUUCACACUGAAGUAAGAUGGCUUUCAAAAGGGAAUGGCUUGAAAAGAUUUAUGGAACCAUUUGAUGCUCUUUAAAGCGACGAACCUGAAAUGAAUUAUCUGUGAACGGUCGAUAGUAAAGCAUUUGUGAGUUAUUUAGCCAAUAUCUUUGAAAUUCUAAAUUUAUUAACUAACCAACUUCAAGGAACAAAUUCCCUUCGAUGCAAAAGUGAAGAUAUUUGGUUUCAAUACCUGUAUUGAAUUCUGUAAGAAAUAUAUUUACAACACAAAUUUUGAAAAGUUGCAUUGGCUCCAAAAAUGUGAAGUGUCUUUUACCGCUAUACUUGUUAUUAUCGAUUAUCUGAAAAUUGUAUCGGCUAAUAAGAAAGAUUUUCUGAUUUGAAACAAAUUGAUUUUCCAACUUGGAUGAUGCAGCUAAUGUUAGUGGAUUUCUCUGAUACUUCAAAUAUGCAGUAUCAAGAAGAACUGGCGGACAUGCACAGUGAUGAGUCAGUUAAAACUUUAUUAAUUAUAAAAGGAACACAUGGCUUUGUGGGGUAACAGAAAUCAAAGAUCCAAAUUCAACCAAAAUGUGCAAGAAAACUAUUGUUAUCGUUUCCUUCUUCAUAUUUAGCUGAAUGUGGAUUUAGUGCCAAAAAUGAUUUGCUGAAAAACAAAUGGGCUGGGUAUAAUACAACGGGAGACUUGAGACUGAAGCUAACUGAAUUGAAACCUAACAUAAAAUUUCUUAUCAGCAAGCAUCAAGCACAAACAUCUCACUAACGUUAAACGAUAAAUAAUUACCAAUAAUUUAAAUAAUACAGAAAUAUAUAUCAUUAAAAUUAUUACGUAAAUGAAUGUCCAUUCUCCAUAUAUGUUUUGAACAUUUACUUGCAAUGAUUUCUCAACAAUUUCAUAUUGAUUUCUUCCUAAAACCUAUUAUUAAAGUUUCUUCAGGGAACAACCCUAUUUUUGAACAUUUUAAAUUAUGUAUUAUAAUACAUGUGGGGCACAAGAAUGUUAGAAAGUCUUAGGUGGCACAAAAAAGAUUGUGAAACACUGCCUUACAUACAAAAAGGUAUAGUCAACUUGUUUAGAUAUUUUACAUGCCUUAUAAUUAGAGAAAUUCGGUUAUCAGACUAACCCUAACCUAAACUUUGUUGUUUUGUCACCUUGUCGUUUUGUCNUAUAUAUAUAUAUAUAUAUAUAUAUAUAUAUAUAUAUAUAUAUAUAUAUAUAUAUAGGUUAUCACAUUUUUAUUUUUUAAUUGUGCUAUUAAAUCGGAAAGAAUCCAGAAUUUGUUUUUUAUUUAGUCAAACAAUAUGUUUAAGCUGACCACUCGUAGUCAUUUUACCGAGACAGUGACAGUACUGUAGUUUUUUUUAAAUAUUUUAAAUUGUUUAAAUUUAUUAUACCUAUGUCCUGGUUUGUCGUGAGCUGAACAGUUUAAUAAUUUAAAAAAAUUAAAACUUUAGUUGACCAGAAGAUCAAGAAGGCCUACUUCCUACACCUGUUGAUGUACAGAGAAGCGUCAAUGAAUGACAUAACUUUUCAAAUCAGCUUCUAUUUUUUUAAAAACGGCAGCUUGUGGACUGACAUGCUCUUAAUGUAAUCACAAACAAGUGUUUGUUUUAGGAAAUACAUGGCCCAAAAAGAUUUUUAAAUGUCCUGGUUUUAAAUGUGUAAAUUUUAAAAUGAUCUGAUUUUGAUCUUGAAAAAAGGGGUCAUCUUAAGUAAGUGUUAUUGACUUCUUUUUUUUUGGGGGGGGGGAACGGAGAUAUCGAGUUAAAUGAGGUUGUUAGCAAGACCUGGAAUGAAGCUGAAGAGAUGGAGACAAGGAGUGACAGUGGGGGAGUAGGAAGUGGGGGGGGGAGGUGGGUAAUAGAUCCCUCCUUUGCAUAGCUCGUUGGCCUAAUCUAAUGUUCUCUUGGUAUAGGAAUCAAUUUUUUUCAAUCUGUGAAAAAUGAUUUAGAAUUAAGAAUUGUAUUCCUAUUUUUUUUUUUUUAAAGUACCGGUAUCGAAAAUCGUUUGGAAAGAAUUUAAAAACUGUAAUAAUAGCAACAAUUAAAUUUUUGGUCACUAAAAAUAUAUGGUGACAAUAUUAUUAUUAUUUUAUUUUUUUAUCAAAUAAACCAUUCUUUACAGAUUCACCAUCCAAAAAAAUUUACCAGAUUUUGAAAUUGUGGACCACAACUCUUAGGUACUUAAUGAAAGACUAAAGAUGAAAUCAAUUGACUUUCAGAAUCCAACUUCCUUUUCCUGUUGUAUGAUUCUAUACCAGGGACAUCUUUGUAAGAGCACCUUUUAAAAUCGUAUUUAAAAACUAUUUAACAUUAUUAUUUUUAAAGAAAUGUCAUGAUUUAUCAUUUGUUAUUUAGCUGAACUAUAUUUUAAUAAUUUAAUUUUUGAUUUCUUUUAGGAGGAUAUCCGUUUCAAAAUGUCUGACGCGGAAGGGUAAGCUUGUUUAUAUUUUAUCCUAAAUUUUAUGAUUUAUUUCAAUAUUUACGUCAUGUUAACAUGUAUGACUAUUUAUUAUAGAAGUUCGUUAUUAGUUUAUUAAUUAUAAUCCAAUUUUUUGUUUGUUGGUUUGUUAAACGAAAUGGGUUAAGAUAUAAAAUAGGAAAGGCUACAAUUUUAAAUCAACAUUCUUGAUUCAAUCAAUGUUGGCUUGAAUUUUUAACAUGUUUUACACUCAAAUUUACUGUGUGUAAUUAUUGUAAAUCAUUGAAUUUAGUGAAUUUUCUUGCAAAUUCAUCAUACGCAUUGUAAGACGGAAGCUAUGAUUUAUGAUGCAUGGUCAGUGGUGUCGAAAAAUUACAACUGCACAGACAGGAGUGUAGUGAUAAAGUAAGAGGGAUGUGAAUUUUUGACAUUUUGCAGGUGUAAUGUGGAUGGCCCUGCCCUUACCGCAUAAUUGUUGAGGGCUCAUAAUCACACUAAGGUUUAGUUAUACCAAGCCAAUAUACUACUUGCAGAAAAAUAGCUGAUUUUGGGUUAGAGUUAAGGCUGACGAUGUGGAGGUCAUAGAUGAUGGAGGUUCCCCCUGGUUAGUUUCUAUCUAUAACCAUAGUAUAGCUUGUAUUCAAAAGAUUUUGAUUUUUAAGAUUGUGUGUCUACUUGUUUUCUAUUUUUGACAGUGGAUGCAGGUAUUUAUUUUGGUAUUGAAAAAAAGGGGAGGGGAUGUGAGAUGGUCAUGGAUGUCAUGGUGAAAUGUUAGAAAUCAUUAGGUCUAGGUACACUAAUUACUAAUAUAACAAAUAUUUAACUGUUGCACAUGAUUAAUUAAUUAAAAAGCUUUCCCUGGCCAAUCGCACACUGCAAACUCUCAUGAGUGAAACUGAAAUUUUGCACACAGAAAAUUAUGAUGGACUUUUUUAUUACUACCGUUACUAUAACUUAUAACACCAAGAAAAAUAGUACAUCCGCUCAGAUUCGUGUCUGAAAUUUUUAAUAAAGUGUUUCAAUCAUGGCUUUUGGUAUCUCAGUACAAUAAACUUGAGUUUCACUCACGGAUAAGUAAAGCAAGUAACUGAACUGACAAUGCAAUACAAUGAUAUUACAUCCCCCCUCUGUCUGGAAAGAGGUUGUACAUCACAAUAUUGCUGAAAAUACAUAUAAUCACUGCAAGGUAACAAUAAACUAUGGUUCCACUAAUUAUAGUCGUUCACUCGUGGCUUUUUUUUCCCCAUCCUGAUCUUGGUUCUUCGUGUGUUGUAGUAUGGUAGCUGUUUGACUCGUGUUCUGGUUCAGGUUUAUCUGAUAUCUCAAGAUGCCUGAUUAAUUAAGCCAUCAUGGCUCUUUAAAAGCUCUUUGCCCUAUGCAGACAAUCUUCGUAAGUCUAAAUUAAAUUAGAAGUUGAUGUAAGCCUAUGACUUUCUAAUUUUGAAUUUGAAGUCCAAUGAAGUAUUAGUGCCCUCGACUUCCUACCUGUCAGAUUUGUUUUUUUUUCUUUGGGGGUCAAGGUUGCUAAGGGGUCGUUCACAUAUAGUGUGGUAGAUAGUGGAGAUGAGGAUGAUUUUGGAGGUUUAGUCCGAGUACGAAUUGCAAUAUGCUGGAUUAGGUUUCAGGACCCUGAAGAUUUCACUUCUUUUUUCAGUUUCAAAUUAUUACAUUUCCAUAUAAUAUAUUCAUAUAUUUUUAAGUAUGGUGGUAAGGAUUUUUUUAAAGUUAUUUUUUAUUUGCAUUAUCAGAGACGAUGUCCCAGCUGUGGGUGCUGCGACACCAAGUGCCACCAAAGAUUCCAGUGCCCCUGUGGACAUUUAUGAAGCCCUGCAAGAGGUUCUUAAGACUGCCCUUAUUCAUGACGGAUUAUGCCGUGGUGUAAAGGAAGUUACCAAAGCUCUUGAUAAGUAGGUUAUAUUUAUCAUUUCUAUCGGUACUUUAUUGAUUAGUGUAAAUUGACUGCUAUAGAACAUUAGCUUUUUUUUUUUUUUUUAUAAUAUAUUUAUAAAAAUAAAGUCAAUUUAAGUCUUUUACUCUUUUCAGUUCAUGGGUUUUUAGGUUGUUUUUUUUAAUAUAUUUAUCAUUUCUAUCGGUACUUUAUUGAUUAGUGUAAAUUGACUGCUAUAGAACAUUAGCUUUUUUUUUUUUUUUUUAUAAUAUAUUUAUAAAAAUAAAGUCAAUUUAAGUCUUUUACUCUUUUCAGUUCAUGGGUUUUUAGGUUGUUUUUUUUAAAGUUCAUAUCACAUAAUGGGAUACCAUAAAAAGGGUAGCUGACUAAUAGCCAUCAAGUUGUAUAUUGAAAUGUUCAGAAAUGAAUGGAGAUUCCUAUUUUAUAAGUUGUGCUUGAAAGUAAUUGUUUUUUCUUAGAUCAUGAUUGAUUUUUAUUUUAAUUCUUCGGUCCAAUAUACGAAAUCCAAAAAAUAAAUUAACAAAUAAAAAUGUUAAUGAUAAUGUUAGUAAUUUUUUUAUUUUUUUUAUUUUGAAACAUGCAUAGUGUUUUUGAGGUUAAAUUUUGACAAGUGACCUUAUGCAAAAUUGUUCCAAUACAAAGUUUACAACCUAUUUUUUUAAAUUUGAAAGUUUAUAUUUAAUAAAAGUACCUUAAAAUAUAUUAUGUCAUUCUGUUAUAAAUUUUUAACAAAUUACUUGAAUAAUUUUGUUUUUACAUUAUUGAAAUUUUAAUAGAAAAAUGAUAAAGCUAGGGCUUACAUGACUAAAUCAUAAAUCUGGCAUUUUAAAAAAAUACUGUACAAAGUCUUUUACGCUUAGGGGAUCAACAAUUACUUCAAUUUGAUACAAUGUUACAUUUCAAACAUAUACUAGGUACUCCAACUCAAAAUUUCAGAUACAUCUGACAUACACAAAGAGCAUAUCAUUGGAAAGAGCUGACUUUAAGCUUUCCAUUGACACCAAGAUAAUCUUUCUAUCACUUGUAGAAGAAAAGUUAUGAAUUUUUUAGUGAUUUAUUUUUUCCCACUAUUUGGCUUUGUAUUUAAUUUUUAAAACUGUGAUCUAAUUAUUACUCUUUUUGUACUAUUUUGGUUGUAUCUUGUUGGCUUUUAAAGUUAUACUGCUCAAAUUUGGAGAACACAUUUACAAUACAAUGUUUAACAAAAUUAAACACAUGAAUUUUGAAUUAACUUAUUAUAUUUUUUGAAAAAUUUUUUUAUAAGCAUAUAGCAUGGAUAACGACAAUUGUCGAACAAAUUUUUUUCUUCAAAAAAUGACAUAAUUAUUAAACCAAUAAAGCUAUCACUAUGAAAUUUUCAAUACAAACAGAUAAUGUCCAUCUAAAAGUAAGGCAUAUUUAACAUAAAUAAAAUACAGAUCAGAAAAAUUUAUGCAGUAGUAGAAAUAAUAUUUUAUGAAAAGCAACUGCGGCCGAGAAAUUUUUUACAUUUAAAUAUACAACUUUUAAACUAAUAAAGCUAAUGCAAUCAAAUUUUCAGUAAAAAUAGAUAGUGUCCAACCAAAUAUAAUAGAGUAUUAAAAUAUAUCAAAAGCAAUUAAAAUCAUGCUAUGCAAAAUUUUAAAAUGUCAUGUAAUCUGUCGACAUUGUUUCGGCUCCGGAGGUCUAGCAACACUUCAUCCUCAUCAAUUGGUACAUUAAAAAAAUAUGCCUCCAUUGUCAAUAUCAAAUUGGGUUGUUUGUUGAUCUCCUCCAAGUAAAUACAUAUCAAAAUUACAGGGAGUGAUUACAAUCUGUAACUCUGGAAAAUAAAAAAUAAAGAUUAGGACUAUUAAUUUAUGAAUACCGGUACAUGUAAAUAAUGAUUCAAUAUUUUUAAAUAGGCUUCACAAUGUUCUUUAUUAUAUGUACACUUAUAGCUGAUAAUAACUAGGACUAGGGGAUAUCUUACUAUCUAAUUCAUUGCUAUUUGUAUGUCAAAGCACUUUUAUCACUUUGACUUUGUUGUUUUAUCUCAGUAUAUGUAUUAGUUUUAUUGAUCCAAAGCCUGCUCUUAUAUAAUAACUAUAUAGGCCUAAAGUGUAAUUAUUAUUAAAAACCAGUUAUUAAAAAGUAUAUAUUUAAAAUCAAACUACUAAGUUAUAAUACAGGAAAUAUUUAUUUAGUUGUUUGAAAAAGGUUUUAAAUAAUAAUAACCACUGUUUACAUUAGAGAUUUACCACUUCCGGUAGAUCGAGGGGGAAAAAAUGGCCACGACUUGGCAACCUUGAAUUUUUAGUCACACGGUUCAAGCUCUCAUAAAUUUUGGGGACGAUCUAUACUCUUUAAAAUAAGUGUUUCUGCUUUUAAAAUAUAUAAUCUAUGCGAACAAGUAAUUUCCAAGUCCGAACGCGAUUUGAAAAAAAAAAUAUAGCACAGCAAACUCACUUACCCCACGUCAACUUUCCAAUUAUUCGUCUCAGCAAGGUCAGAUUUCCACUUAAUUCAUACCCUCGUAACCGGCAUGCAUCGCAGAUUUAAAUAAAACCAAGGAGAGUCCUCUAUUUUUAGAAAUGACGCAAAACAACACUAAUCACCAAGAUCUACCGAAAACGAAAAGCGCCGGCUGAUCACAGCGAUCGCCGCUCGGCAGGCCUCGUUUUUCUAACACGGGCGGCGAAAGUAUUGGAGUGCCUACAUAUACCAAUACAGUCUGAUGCUCUUUCUUUUCGAGACAGUAACUUCACAUCAUAGAGUCAGGUCCAUAAAUAAAAAUAGUGUUCUAAAUUAAGAAUAAAUAUUUCAACAAAGCCACCCAAAAAAGGGUGAGCCCCUCCCCUUUUCUCCCAUAGAAAAAAGGCGUAUUCCUCCAUUAGGAGCGUACAAAUGUAAAUUCAGUAAAUACUAUACUGUUCAAUUUGCAAUAAUAAUGGAUUAACAUUUUUUAUUUCAGGCGUCAGGCACAUUUAUGUGUUUUGGCAAACAGUGUUGAUGAGCCAUUAUACACCAAACUGAUUGAGGCUUUGUGUGCAGAACAUGGUAUUAAUCUUCUCAAGGUAAUCUUCUACUGGUCAAAUUUGUUUCCUUGUAGAUAAAUUAUAUACAUGGCAUAUUUAUUAAUGAAUUGUUAUGGUUUUUGUUAGGUUGACGAUGCCAAAAAGUUAGGUGAAUGGGCUGGACUAUGCAAAUUGGAUAAGGAGGGCAAGGCAAGAAAGGUCAAUGCCUGUGGCGCUGUAGUUGUCAAGGUACGUUUCUGUUUCAAUAUGAAAUGAUUGGUGUCAAAUUUAUUCUAAUUACUAAGUUUUCCCGGUAUUGCUAGUCACAUCAGAUUUGUGGUGUUGACUGUUAGUGCGUUAUAGGUGAUUUAAAUAAACAUAUUUUAUUUUAAUUUUUCUUUCAGGACUACGGUAAGGACUCACAGGCACUUGACGUCGUUCGAGAUUAUUUCAAGUCAAAAUAAAUGCUACCUACAGUUGGGAUUUAAUAAAUGAUGGGCCUCUAGCAGGGCCUUAAAGAUG